AUAGAGCAGUACAAGCCCGAAUAUUGAUCAACACCACAAUCUGAAUUCUUGUAGGAAUUUUAGCCGAAUCUGUGAAGCAAAAUUUCUACAGUCACACACAGUAGGACAUCAGUUAACCGUACUUCGUUGAGCACAGUAUGGUCCAACUGAAAUCAUGUAGAAUAUGGUCAAAAGAAAGAAAGGGGUAGAUUGUAUCAUCGACGACAACAACCGAAAUGUGUCGGCCGAGAUGAAGCAAUGACGCGAUUCGAGAUUUCCUGGAAGAAUACCCGAAAUUUAAAGGUUUUUCCUUAAUGACUGGCAUCGAUGACUGACAGUAUCUUUCAAUGGUCAUGUUGGUUACUGGCAACGUUAGUCCGCGAACGUACAGGCGUAGAGACCCAGUGGUCAAUCCUCGUGCUUUGAGGAGUGGGACGCAAAUUCACCGAGUGACCCACACCAGGGCGGUCCCCUUCCGUACUCCGCCUCGAGACGUUUUUUUCUCCAUUGAAAAGUCGCUUCCUCACGAUGAACUUCAGACCGCCCGCACCAGACCUAAUAGCCGACAAUGCGCCGAUGCGAUGCAGGAUUACUUCCCUGGUGUUUCCACGAACACCGCUCCGACCCCAGUUUCCAGGCGUGAAUCAACCGUUUCAGGGGUCCAGUCCAGAUGUGCAUCGGUCCCAUUGCCAAAAGCCGACGCAAACAACGUGAACUCGGGCGAUACCGAAACGGGGCGGAGUGCCACGGCACCACCAUAUAUCAACCUGUCGCUCCAACUUUCUGAUUUGGAAAAUCUCAACAUGAGAGCUGACGAGGUAGCCACGGCUGCGAUCGAGAAAGAGCAACAGAAAUUCCACGCGGAGAGGCGUCUCAACAUCUCCUCGGCAAUGGGUGUCCGGCAGCACGGCUCCCCCCGCUACGGAAGCUUCAGUGGGACACCAACAAGAAGAAAACGGCGGGAAAGAGAGCACGCAUACUUGUGCAUGAAGUUCCGCGAACGGCCGUGUUUGCGGACAGAGAGUUUUCUGAAUGACGAUCUCUACGUUCAGGUGAACAACUUGUCCAGGGAAUGCUGCGAUGUCCUCGGGCCAAAGGCCUGCCACGAGUGCGAUAGACUGAACAGACGCAGCAAUUCCGCCCUUCGCAAUGAGGCCAACUUCCCAAGCAUCCAUAUUUCUGCCGCUAACUUUUCAACAAUGACAUUAGUCAACAGGGUGAGGCCCGAGAUGAAUACCAGGGAGGUGCUGGAGAGGCUCGCCCACGGAGACAUAUCAAGGCAGUCGCUACGCCGUCACAGGAGCAGCUCUGAAAAGAGUCAAGACCCAGCUAGCAGUGACAAUACUCCAGCUUCGCGUGCGCGCAAAACAAGCGUCAGUGCCUUCCAGGUCCCAGACGGGGUGGGUUUCUUUACCAACUUUACCGACCUAACUGCGCAGAUCUUCGCCAGAAAACGAGGGCAGAACAGGCACACUAGGCCAAAGCUGAUUAACCAGGGGGUUGGGGACACGAACAACUUACCAGUGAUCACAAACGUGGAGCUGGUUCCCAAGAAGGAAUGGGAACGAGAGAACCCUGCCAAUUACUUUGGCCCGCCCAUGCUGUCCCGCGCCGAGAUCCAGAGGCAGAAGAGCCAUCCGCGCUUCUACGCAGGUGCGCAAGGGAAGUACGAGCUGCCGGAGGCGCCCUCGUUUGACGAGAUUACCUUAAAGGCUUCGGGGGCCAGGCACCAGAGAAUUCGUCAGUUGGAGGCGCGAUCGGACACGCCCGAUUCGGAUGUGUCCCUGUGGAGCGUGAAAUCCUCACGGAAAGGCGAAGAACAGUACUCAGCUUUGAGUGAGGCUGAAACUGAUGCAGUCGACGAAGAGGCAGAGUCAGACGCCCAAGCGAGCCAGGCUCUCUCAGAUUUAGAUAAUCAGUUAGAACUAGAAACCGAUUCAGCAUGAUGCGGCAGUUGUGGGUGUCGUAGAUGAUCCAUUUUUGUCUAUUUUGACAAGAAUUGAUUUUGACGCAUUCCUAUGCCCUGCUAUAAUUUUAUGCAUAAAGUAUGGAAAUUACAUAUUCUUACACGCUUUCAAAGCAAAAAAUUGCUUCAUUACAACUAAUUUGACAUCUUUGAAAAAAAACUGCAUACGUUAAUUAAAAACGUAGAGGAAGUUGUAUUGACACUA